GAAAUUCACAAGAACACAGAUUCAGAUAAUUUUCGUACUGCUAAAGUUCUAAUUGAUACGAGUCAAAACAUCCAUUCUACUCAUUUAUAAAUCAUUUGGUUUCGUCGCAUACAGAUAAAGAAUUUAGAGAGAGAAUCUUAGAGAGAGAAAACUCGAACUUUGUCUAUGUCAGUAGAGCUUCCAUAGACAAUCAGCUGAUAAGAAGCUCUGCCCAUGAAUCCAAGCAAAAUUGAAGAUGAUCUGUUCCACCAUCUGGGCCCACCACCGACCCACCGUGAACAGUUCAUAGACCCUCGCCAAGCUCAAUCUCACCCGUCCAUUGACGACGAUGCCUUCUCCCUUGAUCUCUUCCGGGACGAGGACGACGAUGAUGUCAGCCACACGUCAUCCGACGGUGAACUCCCCAUUUCCCAUCCAAACGACGCGGCCCCACCUCAAAACCCUAAUAUGGCGAGUUCCCAACUUGAGAGUAAUGGGAAUAAAGAUAAUAUGGCAAUUGAUCUCCGCGCCGUGCAUGUUAGUCCCGAGCCACAUGUAUCGUCCCAAUUUUAUACUUUCAAUAAAAAAUCCCAUGCUUUGAUGAUCCAGUGCUUGAUUGAAGGCCGGCUUGCUACUCCAGAAGAAAUCCGGGCUGUGACUCCGACGGCUGUGCUCACCAGUUGGCGGUCCGUGUGGAAGGACCGUAAUGAGGAUACUGCCUACUUGACCGCAUGGAAGCGGAUCCAGGACAAGCUAACAGUCCAAGUUGCAGACACCGCCUCGGCUUCUGCUGCCGCUGGUAAAAAUCAUUUCCUCUGCUUCAAGAAUAAUUGCAAUCAAUUUGUUUCGCAUGUAGAUCAGUGGCAGGAUAUAGUAAUAUCAUUUCAUGGUGAUGCCGAUUUAAAACACUUGGGACUUAAAGAAACCGUGGAGAGAAUUAAGCAGGUGUGGACUGUGGGUGCUAAAUUUUAUGGGAUUCCUGAGAGUUAUAUUAGGACAUAUGUAGCAUCCUGCCCAGUGUGCUUGGAUGAGUCUUCUGGAUGUGCACCUCGCUCAAAGAGACGUCGAUUUGAAUAUACAGAGUCAUUUGAUGUGCCUGCCAAGGAAGUGCCCGUUAAGUUGCAACAAUUAGCUGCAAAGCAUAAGGUGGUGUUGUGCAUAAGGCAGAAGUAUAUUAGGUACAAGCCCUUUAUGGCUGAGGUCAAGGAUUACGCUUGUCAUAGGGCAGGUGAGCCCGCAUCUAAGAAAUCACGGAUUUUGAAACGGGAGCCCUAUGCAUCAAAGAGGUGUGGAUGUGGGUUUCGAAUUCGGGCAAUAGUUCCAAUAUCAAAUUAUAACGAGAAGGAUAAGACAUUUGUCUAUGAGGAGGAGGGGACAGCUGUAUUUAAGCUGUAUGCAGUGCAUUCAGGGCAUGAGCCAGGGCCAUUGGAUGGGAAUGCGAGGAUAAUGCAUCGAAUGGUUGGACAUAAAGGGGGAUUUCUGAUGGAUCAUGAUACGGUAUUUGGAAUGUCCGAGGAAGGGGAAAAUGAAGAUUUCAGGUUCCUGGGAAAGAAUUCCGGGGACCUACAGCAUUUGGCUUUGCAGAAGGUUCAGGAAUUAAGGAAUGAGUUAGGGUUGCUUGAAGGGAGAAUAAUGACAAUCCAGCCCUCAUUGUUAGGUUCUCUGACACAUGAGCUCUUUGACAUCACGAAUAAGCUUAGAAAUCUAGCAGAUGAUGGCUCGAAAUCGGUAGGGUUGCCAUCUGAGAAGCAGCACCUGGAUGAUGUCUUGGUGGUAGAGCAUGAUUUGCCAGAUUGGUGUGAUGAUCAUCAUUCGCGGAUCUAUGGUGAUGGAAAAGAUGCAGAUGUUAUUGAAGAUGAUGAGGACAGCUUUGGGCGAACUCUUGGGGAGGUUGCUUCUUGGGGUCGGAUGAGGACUGAGAGUAGGAAUGAGAAGGAUCUGCUAAGCGAGACUUGUAAAGAAGAGAAAUGGUUGAAAUGUGGCGAGUUUGAUGAGAAGGGUAUUCCAUGUGAUUUGAAGCUGAUCAAGCCCUCGAGGCAUGAGGAGGCUGUGGAUCCAGAUGUGGGUCUUGCUGGUAUACAGGUAGAUGGUUUCUACCCUGAAAAUCCAAAGUGGUUUGACUCUCCUUGUAGAUUAGACCCUGAUGCAGAUUGCGGCACCAGUGGAUUUCAGCACGUAUAGAUCUUGUAAAGAUUAUUAGUCUUGGUGAACCCACUUAAGUUAUCGUUCGUCCUUUGGCACUGUCAGAAGUGGGUUGUAUAUUCUGUGCAUUGAGCUUGAAGCCAUUCACAUCACUGUCAGUCUUUCAGCAGUUUCAUCGGCUGUAAUCUGUGGAGUGUUCAAUUUGGAACUUCUGAAUAUACUUCUAAUGUCUCCCUUUUGACCAUGUUAUCUGCUUUUAAUAUUGAACUUGAUUAUUCUGUUAUGCACUGUGAUUAUUGCUUCUCAUUAUGCUCUAUUUUUGUUCACCAUCUUUCAUGUUGCUCUGGUAUCCCAUAUUGUUGCUUACAGAUGCUUCUAUAUUUAUUGUUGCUGAUUUUGCAUUCAUAGUACAGUCAUUAAAGAAAACUUCUUAUUUAAUCAUAUAAUGUAUUAAGUAGUACAUUACCCUAUCUGCUCGUCAUGUAGUGAUGCUAUUUCAAAUUUGCAAUAAUAGCAUAUAAUUCCAUAUUCUAAAUAUGUUUAAAUUGAAGGUAUCCUAAUUGAUUUUAUUUAUCUAUGAAUAAUCUCAUUCUACCAUUUGUACAUGUUUUAAUGUCAUUAUGAUGCACAGAGAGAGUUUAAAUAAUCUUUAUUGAGCUGUGUUUCUAUGCUAUCAAUAGAGGUGAUAAUUGUCCGCAAUGGAAAUUGGCAUUUGUUUUUUCGACAAUUAUUUGAGUGGUAUUAUCCUUUUGUUUUUCAGUUUUAUAUUCAUUUUAUCUUCAAUUCUUUUAUGGCAUUUCCUCUGAUGAACAACGAAUAUUUGCCUGACCCAAGAAAGAGUUGUCAGUUUUGUUUGUCUAGCUUACAGGUCACAGAUCAGUUAGUUACAGUCUCGGUUGAAUGUUUUAAAAUUCAGAGAGACUUAUUUAAGAAAGUUCUAAUUGCCGUGCAGAAGGCCAUUCAACUCAGUAUGGGGACACUUUUUCUUUUAAUAAGUCUGCCAAAUAGUAGCCCUCGUUCUCAAAAUGUGUUUUAUGUUUUAGAAAAAUGUAUUCAGUUUAUCAUGCCUGGCCUAUGAUGCUACUGCGCUCUGUUCAUUGUUCCAUACCCACCUUUGGAUCAUAGAAAUGAUUUGUUCUUUCUGUUUACUUCUUGAUGAGGCUUUCGAGUUUUUGAUAAACAUUUCAUGAAGAGUGCCCACCCACAAGACCAAAGCCAAGGUUUACAUCUUAAAAUUAGCUAUAAUCUGAGGGGAAGGAAGAUCAGAGGGAAAUGACCAUAAUUUCACUUGUCAUUAUUUACUCUCAGGAGAAGUGUCUAAUCUUUUUAACAUUGAGCCUAUGUUGAUUUGAAGCAUUGUUAGACUAGUACGAGCAUUGAUUCUAAUGGAAGGAGGUAGCUCCUGCACAUACCUAGGUUACUAAAACUUUUUUGACCCAUGCCUUGGUAAAUAAAGAAUAAACCCUUGGUUCUUCAACAUUAGGACAAACUAGACUUGUAAUAGGAGGACAGAGGUUGAUCUACUUGUGCCAGAAUUAAACAAAAGUCGAUCUGGAAUAAUUUGGAAGUUCAAAUUUAAAGUCCAAAGGCUUAGUAUUUCCUUAACUGCUUAGGACAUCAAGAAAGAGUUUUUUCUAAUUUUUCUUAGGGACUGGGCCUGAAGAAUUAUUGAUCUGUAAGAAUGGAUGAAACAUAUUCAAUAACUGGUUAUCAAAAGCCAUGGGCACCCAAAUAUUCACAGCUUAACCAUGAAAUUCUGAUGUUGACAGCAACUCUUAAUUUUUCUUUCAUAGUAAAUCUAAUUUUCAAGCUGAGCGCUAGAUAGUUUGUCAAAUCAAUAUGUAAAUAUGGUGGACUAAAGGUGAAGAUGAGAUUCACUAGAUUUCCAUAUCUUCUCAUGUAGGACAGCCUCACUAUACCUUAGUAUUUUAUUGGAACUUCCAAGAAUGUAAAAAUUUUCACUCUACAAUUUACAGUACCUAUGGAAGUUCUAAGAGCAAAAUAUCUGAAAUCAUAGAUGAAACUAUUUUGUUAAUUAGAAACUGUAGAACUGAGAUGCCGAUAAGUAGCCAAAAAAAUAAAAAUAAAUGUUGAAUGAAGGGGAGUCUGGGGUCAAAGUUAUUUGUAGCGGAUUGACCGUGGAAACUAAAAACAAAUAAAAUAAAUUUGCACUCUCCUUGGGAGUGACCCACUUUAGGUAUUACAUAAAUACAUUUUCAAACAUAUGUCAGAAACUUUUGAAUAUUGAAAUGGUGAAGGGGAGAAGCUUCUGUUGCCUUCUUGGCAUACCUCGGUUACGUACACUAUAGAACCUGACUUUGGGGAUUCUCAACUAAAAACCUAAAUGGAAUGGUGACCCAAAGGAGAAUGAAAUUGCACAUUGGUUUAGUUUAAGUACUCAUAGCAUUUGUGGAUUGGAAUAUACUGGGAAAAUGGUGGAAGCUACUAUUUCUAAUAAUGGUAAUUUACUUGUACCUCUUCCCGGCUCUUAUGAUACAGUUUUCAAAUUUGAACCUACCAAUACAUGCCUUUGAAGAAGGAGAUUUUUUAUACCUUUCUUUUUUAAUUUUCGAUUGAGGAGCACUUCCAGCUAAAAUAUUAAUUAAUUUGCACGUAAUAUUCAAUGGUGUCUUCAAACAUAGUCUAGAGGUGUGCUUAAUAUUUAGACUAAAUAAAUUUUUCAUAUUUGUAAGUAGCAAAUAUACAGCAUUUUCUGAAGCAAUGGGUAUGUGAGAGUGGAGACGGUGAUAAUUCCAUUGGAAUGGCCUCCCCCUCUUGUUAACAGCCCUAUGAGUAAAAUCCUUGUGAACAUUUAAUAAAAUGUAAUGUAGCAAUUGAUGAGCUUUCUAUCAUAUUUUAUUCUUUUAUGUUGACAUUGGUUAAGAAACAAAAAUUAGCAUCUUCAAACUAUUAUUUAUAAUUAUUUCUCUUAAUUUGGUUCAUCCGUCAAAGCAUGAAAAUUUUGAUUCAUUAAAUACUAGCUAACUUGAAAUGAUGGAAAUCUUCUGUUACAUCAGAUAAAUAUUUAAUUUUAAAUUGAAAUUUGGUAAGGAAUGAUAAUAUCUGUUGAGAGGUGUAUUUGAAAAGCUUAAGCCUAGAAAGUCUCGUUGAACUUUCAAAUUUGUGUUUAAAGGACAAAUAUGGAAGAUUUCUUGAAUGCUACCCGAUUUGAGGCAGCUUACUGUGAAUAUCUUUCAGAUUUGCGUCUCUCUAAAUUAACCUAUACGUGAGUCAUGUAUGUAAAAGCUCGAGCUCAGAUCAUCAGCAUACUUGUAUUCAUUUAUGAGGUAGAAGACAUUCAAAACCAUGAUAUAUUAGCACGUAUAAGUAUUGCUUGUCCUGUCAUGAUUGUACAUAAAUUGAAUACUACAAUAACAAACUAAGCCUUGUUCCUAGUAAAUUUGGUGUUGGCUAAAUUGGUCCUUAACUAAGCUGCAUAUCAUUUGAAGUAAAUGGUAAAAAAAAAAAAACUAUCAUCUGCAUCUUGCUUAUAAGUUUUAUCUAUAAUAUCUUUUGACAGUGUUUUUGUAGCCUUUAGCCAUUUUGAUAGUAAAUUCUAAUGAGGAGAUUCGAAAUCUUCUGGAAUUGAUUGUACUUGAUUUUCUUUUCCUCCUGGUGAUGCCUUAAUAGCAUUUGGAUCCACUAUCACUUAUAAUAUAAGCAUCUUGUUCAAGAUAUCAGAUUUAUAUUCGUUGUUUGAGCUUUAGAUUGCCUGCCAUGGUAGGGAGUAAUAUCAAUUACGGGAAUUUUAAUCCAGCUUUGAUUCUAUCUUGUGUUGUUUAUUGCUUUGAUUCUAUCUUGUGUUGUUUAUUGGCAUUGCUGUGGAGUAACAUGCCCUUUUUGUUAUUGCAAACUGUGUAAAUAUGUAAAUUUCUGUUAUAUACCUGGUUUAAUUUUUUUCUCUCUUUUUUUCUCAAAGAGGAAUCAAAGGAUUUCACCCCUUCCUCAAAGGGAGGCUCAAACCCAGGUCAUUAGCUUGGUAAGUUUUUGCUCUAACAACUUGAGCUAUUGAGGAGACAUGGACAUAAAAUGGGAUGAUCUGAGCUUGAGCUAUUACAUACAUGACUCACGUAUAGGUUCAUUUAGAGAGACGUAAAUCUGAAAGAUACUCACAGUAAACUGCCUCAAAAUCGGGUAGCAUUCAAUAAAUCUUCCAUAUUUGUCCUUUAAACACAAAUUUGAAAGUUCAGUGAGACUUUCUAGGCUUAAGCUUUUCAAAUACACCUCUCAACAGAUAUUAUCAUUCCUUACCAAAUUUAUGAGGUAGAAGACAUUCAAAACCAUGAUAUAUUAGCACGUAUAAGUAUUGCUUGUCCUGUCAUGAUUGUACAUAAAUUGAAUACUACAAUAACAAACUAAGCCUUGUUCCUAAUAAAUUUGGUGUUGGCUAAAUGGGUCCUUAACUAAGCUGCAUAUCAUUUGAAGUAAAUGGUAAAAAAAAAAAACUAUCAUCUGCAUCUUGCUUAGAAGUUUUAUCUAUGAUAUCUUUUGACAGUGUGUGUUUGUAGCCUUUAGCCAUUUUGAUAGUAAAUUCUAAUGAGGAGAUUCGAAAUCUUCUGGAAUUGAUUGUAGUUGAUUUUCUUUUCCUCCUGGUGAUGCCUUAAUAGCAUUUGGAUCCACAAUCACUUAUAAUAUAAGCAUCUUGUUCAAGAUAUCAGAUUUAUAUUCGUUGUUUGAGCUUUAGAUUUCCUGCCAUGGUAGGGAGUAAUAUCAAUUAGGGGAAUUUUAAUCCAGCUUUGAUUCUAUCUUGUGUUGUUUAUUGGCAUUGCUGUGGAGUAACAUGCCCUUUUUGUUAUUGCAAACUGUGUAAAUAUGUAUAUUUCUGUUAUAUACCUGGUUUAAUUUUUUUUCUCUCUCUUUUUCUCAAAGAGGAAUCAAAGGAUUUCACCCCUUCCCCAAAGGGAGGCUCAAACCCAGGUCAUUAGCUUGGUAAGUUUUCGCUCUAACGACUUGAGCUCUUGAGGAGACAUGGACAUAAAAUGGGAUAGCCUUGGAGGGAGAAAGAGCAGAUGUUCCACAUUUAUAAUAUGUUUUGGCAGUAUUUGAUUGCCUUGUGAACGGCGCUAUCUUUAUUCAUGGUUUUUUAGAAUCAGCAUUUCUUUCAUCCUUCCUUGUAUCCUGCGGAUUGAUAUUCUCUGGUGUUUAACAAUACUAUGCCCUACAGCAGGAGAGAGAGACAAGAUUGUCGAAUGCAGAGUGUAUGCCUACUCUUUGAAUCAACUUUUGAAAUGCUGCCUACAUUGUUUUGUAAUUGGGUUAGAAUAAGUUUCCAGAACCGUUGAUGGUCAUCUAGAAAGCACUUUUUGGGUUGAAAGCAAAGCAGCACAGUUCACGCAGCCAUCACCAAAGUGCUUUCUUCGCAUGUUUCUUCUGGUAAAAAUUCUAUAGAACUCUCUUAGUUGGAAGUUCCGGAUAUUAUUCAUUAAUACCUGUAUGUGCCUUUGCUUCUGGUUUCAUUGA